AUGGAAGCGUGCACCUCUCCGUGCGUUUCUGACUCUGCUGUUGCGCCCGACCAUCGGUCUGCCAUCUCGCUACCGCAUAGCCAGUCAUGUUGUGAUGCGACGUUCUUUUCCAUUUUCUUCUCGACCCCAGCGGGAACGCCUCCUCUCACGGGGUUAGGCGCGUCGUCUCUUCCACUCUCGGGAGGCAUCUUCAAGCCCCAUUCCAAUCCGUCGCCCUCUCUUUCUCCAACAGUUUCCCCGUUUCCCCCCAAUUGCCAGGGUGUGUGUACAGCAACCUCCAGCCCGGGACCUCCUCCGCCGGCUGCGCCGUCCUUCGCAGCUUCCCUGCUCACGCGAGACGUUUCCUUUUGGUGCGGCAAUCCGGCAAUCGAACGUCUGAGCGGAACUCUCCGGUAUUUUCUAACUCCUUCGCAAGCAACUGCCGAGCGGUUGCUGCGGAAUUUGCCGGCCUCGGUGGCUCCCUCUCACGCAUUUCUUAGCGUAGGUGCGGCCACGACGGCCGCAGAAAGUCGAGAGCCCGCGACUGGAGAUUUUUCGCCGUCCUGUCGCCCUUCAGCUCCUUCCCGUGACGGCUCCGCUGGACUGGGGCCGUCUGGCCUUGCCCAGAAACAGAAAUGUAUUUGUUGCGGCUGCGAUGUGUGGCAGUGGCUGCGCGAGGAGUGCGUGUUGGUCGCUCCUCGCGUGCCCAGCUAUAUUUCCCCGGCGGAGUUCUGUGACUUCCUUGCGCCUUACAACCGCCGGAUGCUGCAGGCGAAAGUUUUGCACGGCCCGACAACGGCGGAGUACCUUAUCUUGCUCCACUGCAGCCGCCUUACAGCGAUUGAAGCGAUCGCCGCUUUCAACGGUGUCCCUCUCUUCGACGGCGAUACGGCCGUCUGCGAGUUGAGGAUUGUGAAGGAGAUCUCGCUCGACCCCUCGUCGCCUCCCUCGAAAAAGAAUGCAGCUGAGAGCGCCAAGACAACAACUCCGGCGUUCCCGCCGCGGUCGACACCCCCCGUCCCCUGCGUGCCACGAGGCCAGCUGUCAGGCAGCCAGUCCAGCGCGCUGGCGCUCCUCUCACCGCGACUCGCAGCUUCCCCGCCGGGCUCUGACACAGGAAAAGAGCUGCUGCGCACGCCCCGUCCAUCUGAAUCGCAACCCGCCCUGCUGGAUGCCCUGGGCGAGGCCCCGCGAGCAGCGAGUGCGCGGAAAAAGAACUCUCCGCGGUCGGUUCGCGCAGCCGGCGACGGCCCUGGCGGCGAAGGCGCGGGAGAGCUUCCUGCGGGUCGGGACGGCACGUCCAUUGCCGCGCCUCUCGAGCCCUCUCCUUUGCUUCGCCCCGUCGAGGAGCCCGCUGAUCCCCUUGUAGGCGCAGGAGGCGGAAACAGCGGCAAGGCGUCUCUUGGGGACAGGGAGGGGUCGCACCCUCCGCAGAGUGCCUGGCCGCAAGAGCCGUGUGGGGCUCUGCAGUUCCUCCUCCAGCGGAGGCAAGAAGACACGCAGCAGCAGGAAUUCUGCGCCGUCUGUCUCGAGCGCGUGCAGAUUCCCCUGACCCCGUCGUCGCCUGCGCUGGCGGCCACCGCGUCUCCUCAGCCUGUCGCGGCGCUGCCCACCAAGGAUGCACGCGAAGAGGAGACACAGCGGAACCAGGCGGCUGCCGGAGCGCCCGCAUCCGCGCCGUCGGUGGCCUGCUCGGCGCUCAGCCUCGCAGAGACCGCGGGGGGGGAUGGGGGGCGGUCCAAGUCGCCGGCGGCGCUUUGGGGACUUCCGUGGCAUUAG